UUCCAUUUGUCAAAAGCGUCGCGGCUGAAGAUUCUUAUUACUUUCUUAUUAGCCGCAGAAAUAAUUGUAAUUCUAGCUAGAAAUUUCUAACUAUCCCAAAACAUCAUGGGAGACUCCCUAGAUGGGAGCGAGAAUGCCGCAGAGGCACAAAAUAUUGUUGUUGUCGAAUUUCAAGACUUCGCAAAUUACUUGCGUCGUGCAGCAACGGUACUUUUACCGGAGGAUGACAUCGUUCCUCCGGCGUUAACCGCUGCACUCGAUGAUAAAGUGAAUCAGGAAUGCAUUAGAAAAUUCAUUUCUGAUCCGCAAGUCUCUUCACUGUAUGUCCAACGAUUUUCAUUAAAAGAAGAUGAUAGUGAACAGCCUACUGAAGGAGAAGAAGAGAAAGAGGCUGUCUCAUAUCAAAUUAGCAACGAGGUACACUUUACUUCACCCCGAGUUGCUGCAUUCGUUUGCAUUAAGCGUGGUAUUGUCAUUGAAGCUGACAAGUCCAUCCACAGCCAGCUACGUCUCAUUAACUUAUCUGAUGGCUCUCCAUAUGAGACCCUACAUGCUUUUAUUAGCAAAACCAUGGCUCCAUUCUUUAAGAGCUAUGUCAAAGAAAGUGGAAGAGCUGACAGAGAUGGAGAUAAAAUGGCACCAUCAGUUGAAAAGAAGAUUGCAGAGCUAGAAAUGGGCUUGCUUCAUUUGCAACAAAACAUUGAUAUACCUGAGAUCACGCUGCCCGUUCACCCACUAGUUGCUGCUGCUAUUAAAAGGGCUGCUGAUGAAGGACGUAAGCCACGUGUAGCUGACUUUGGUGAUAAAGUAGAAGAUUCAACAUUCCUUAACCAACUGCAGAAUGGUGUUAAUCGCUGGAUUAAAGAAAUUCAGAAGGUUACCAAGCUGGACCGUGACCCAUCUAAUGGUACAGCUCUUCAAGAAAUUUCCUUCUGGCUCAACCUCGAAAGGGCUCUUCAUCGCAUCCAAGAAAAGAGAGAAAGCAUAGAGGUUGCCCUAACUCUGGAUAUUCUAAAAUAUGGAAAAAGAUUCCAUGCUACUGUGUCCUUUGAUACCGAUACUGGUCUCAAACAAGCUCUUGCUACUGUUUCUGACUACAAUCCCCUUAUGAAAGACUUUCCUAUCAAUGAUUUGCUGAGCGCCACUGAACUGGAAAGAAUUAGGCUGGCUGUACAGCAAAUUUUCUCACAUCUUCGUAAAAUACGAUCUACAAAAUAUCCAAUCCAGCGAGGACUAAGACUAGUCGAAGCUAUUUCUCGUGACUUGGGACAGCAGCUCUUAAAGGUUCUAGGAACUCGGCGUCUGAUGCACAUACCAUUUGAGGAUUUCGAACGUGUUAUGACACAAUGCUUUGAAGUGUUCUCUUGUUGGGAUGAUGAGUAUGAGAAACUUCAAGGUCUUUUGAGGGAUAUAGUGAAGAAGAAGCGCGACGAGCACCUGAAGAUGGUGUGGCGCGUGUCUCCGUCUCACAAGCGGCUGCAGGCGCGCAUGGAGCACAUGCGCCGCUUCCGGCGACACCACGAGCAGCUGCGCACCGUCAUGCUGCGGGUGCUGCGGCCGCGCGCGGCGGCCAGCGCGGAGCCGGGCGCGCCGGCCGAGCCCGCCGCGCCGCACUCGCUGGCCAUGGACGCCGCCGACGCCAACGCCAUCGCGGAGGUGAACUUAGCGUACGAGAAUGUGAAAGAAGUCGAUUGCUUGGACAUAUCUCGUGAAGGCUGCGAUGCUUGGGAGGCUGCCGUGAGACGCUACGAGGACAGAAUCGACCGCGUGGAGACGCGCAUCACGGCGCACCUGCGCGACCAGCUGGGCACGGCCAAGAACGCGAACGAGAUGUUCCGCAUCUUCUCGCGGUUCAACGCGCUGUUCGUGCGGCCGCACAUCCGCGGCGCCAUCCGCGAGUACCAGACGCAGCUCAUUCAGCGCGUCAAGGAUGACAUCGAAGCGCUGCACGAGAAGUUCAAGGUCCAGUACCCGCAGUCGAAAUGCAGUCGUCUGUCCCUAGUUCGCGACUUACCUCCUGUCGCGGGGUCUAUCAUAUGGGCGAAGCAAAUCGACCACCAGCUCACUGCUUACUUGAAGCGCGUUGAAGAUGUGCUAGGAAAAGGCUGGGAAAACCAUAUCGAGGGUCAAAAACUGAAAGCCGAUGGUGAUAGCUUCCGACUGAAACUGGAUACUCAAGAAGUGUUCGAUGACUGGGCACGUAAGGUCCAACAAAGAAACUUGGGGGUGUCAGGUCGCAUCUUCGCUAUUGAAUCAGUCCGCGCUCGCUCCAGUAAGACUGGCACUGUACUCAAACUAAAGGUCAACUUUUUGCCCGAAAUUAUCACUCUUUAUAAAGAAGUUCGCAACCUCAAGAAUCUAGGAUUUAGAGUCCCGCUCGCCAUCGUGAACAAAGCCCAUCAAGCGAACCAACUCUAUCCAUUCGCUAUUUCACUCAUCGAAAGUGUACGAACUUAUGAGCGUACACUCGAAAAGAUUCGCGAUAAGGCGUCCAUCAUUCCGCUAGUUGCUGGACUUCGUCGCGAUGUCUUGUUCCAAGUGUCCGAAGGUAUGGCCUUAGUGUGGGAGUCCUACAAACUUGAUCCAUACGUGCAGAAGCUUAGUGAAGUCGUGCUGUUGUUCCAAGAAAAGGUAGAAGAUCUGCUCGCUGUAGAGGAACAGAUUUCUGUUGAUGCUCGUUCAUUAGAGACUUGUCCAUAUUCUGCUCAAAGUUUAGCGGAUAUUUUGAGUCGAUUACAACGCGCCAUUGACGACCUUUCUUUGCGCCAAUACAGCAAUUUACAUCUAUGGGUGCAACGCCUUGAUGAAGAGGUCGAGAAGAGCCUCGCAGCACGCUUACAAGCAGGUAUUGAAGCUUGGACCAUGGCUCUGCUGGGCAAAACCAAUGAACUCGACCUCUCUAUGGAUACAUAUUCCCCAUCUGAACAGACCCAUAAGCCUGGUGGAGAACCUCAGAUCGCCCGCGUGGUGCACGAGGUCCGCAUCACGAACCAGCAGAUGUACCUGUUCCCGUCCCUGGAGGAGGCUCGCUUCCAACUCAUGCGCCAGAUGUUCGCGUGGCAGGCCGUGGUCACCAGCCAGCACCGCCUGCAGAGCACCAGAUAUCAAGUGGGCGUUGCCCGAGCUCAAACAGCGACGUACAGGAACUUGCUGACCAAGCUGCCGGGUGGAUCCUCUCCGCUUGAAAAUGCUUACGAUGCUAUUGAGCAGAAGAUAUCUCAAGUUCGCGAAUAUGUGGAUGAGUGGCUUCGCUACCAAGCCCUGUGGGAUUUGCAGCCGGAAAGUUUAUACGGAAGACUCGGCGAGGAUAUUACUUUAUGGAUAAAAUGUCUAAAUGAUAUCAAGAAGUCGCGCACGACGUUCGACACGUCGGACACGCGGCGCGAGUACGGCGCCGUGGUGAUCGACUUCGCGCGCGUGCAGAGCAAGGUGGCGCUGAAGUACGACGCGUGGCACAAGGAGGUGCUCGGCAAGUUCGGCGCGCUGCUGGCCGGCGAGAUGGUGACGUUCCACGGGCGCCUGGCCAAGUCGCGCGCCCAGCUGGAGCAGCAGUCCAUCGAGGCGGCUUCCACCAGUGAUGCCGUAUCCUUGAUCACCUAUGUGCAACAACUGAAGAGAGAGGUCCUGGCUUGGGAGAAGCAAGUCGAUAUUUACAGAGAAGCGCAACGCAUACUGGAGAGACAAAGAUUCCAAUUUCCUGCACAAUGGUUGCACGUGGACAACAUCGAGGGCGAAUGGAGCGCCUUCAACGAAAUCAUGCGCAGAAAAGAUUCGUCUAUUCAAACUCAAGUGGCAUCAUUGCAACAAAAGAUCGUAGCCGAGGACAAAGCAGUCGAAGCUCGUACUCUGGAGUUUCUGGGCGAGUGGGAACGCAGCAAGCCCACUGAUGGGUCCACAAGACCCGAAGAUGCUCUGUCUCGACUGCAAGCUAUGGAGACUCGCUACACACGCCUCAAGGAUGAGAGGGACAACGUGGCUAAGGCAAAGGAAGCUUUGGAACUGCACGAUACUGGUCUUUCAGUAAACAACGAGCGUAUGACAGUAGCUCUAGAAGAACUGCAAGAUUUGCGUGGCGUGUGGUCUUCUCUUAGCAAGAUCUGGACACAGAUCGAUGACAUCAGGGAGAAGCCUUGGCUGUCUGUACAACCUAGAAAACUUAGGCAACAAUUGGAGGCAAUGUUGAACGAAUUGAAAGAACUGCCGGCGCGGUUGCGUAUGUACGACAGCUAUGAAUACGUCCGCAAGCUACUCCAAUCUUACACUAAAGUAAACAUGCUUAUUGUGGAACUAAAAUCAGACGCACUAAAGGAGCGUCACUGGCGUCAACUCUGUCGUGCCUUGAAAGUUGACUGGUCACUCUCUGAGCUGACUCUAGGACAAGUGUGGGAUGCGGAUCUGUUGCAUAAUGAACAUACAGUUAAAGAUGUGGUCUCAGUAGCCCAGGGAGAAAUGGCGUUGGAAGAGUUCUUGAAACAGGUGCGUGAGUCAUGGCAGAGCUACGAACUGGAUCUUAUCAAUUACCAGAAUAAGUGUAAAAUCAUCCGAGGUUGGGACGAUCUCUUCAACAAAGUCAAGGAGCACAUCAACAGCGUCGCCGCAAUGAAGCUAUCGCCUUACUAUAAGGUAUUUGAAGAAGAAGCUUUGACUUGGGAAGAGAAACUAAACCGCAUCAAUGCACUGUUUGAUGUAUGGAUCGAUGUGCAGCGUCGUUGGGUGUACCUCGAGGGUAUUUUCAGUGGCUCUGCAGAUAUAAAGACUCUACUGCCUGUCGAAACAAGUCGCUUCCAAAGUAUAAGUUCAGAAUUUUUGGGCCUAAUGAAGAAGGUAGGCAAGUCUCCAAUGGUGAUGGAUGUUCUCAACAUUCCUGGCGUGCAACGUUCUCUGGAGCGGCUUGCUGAUUUGCUGGGCAAGAUACAGAAGGCUCUGGGAGAAUAUUUAGAGAGAGAAAGGAGCAGUUUCCCACGUUUCUACUUCGUUGGUGACGAAGAUCUUCUAGAAAUUAUUGGUAAUAGCAAAAAUAUUGCACGCCUACAAAAACAUUUCAAGAAGAUGUUCGCGGGAGUGGCUGCCAUUAUCCUAAACGAGGACAACACCAUUAUCAAUGGUAUUGCUUCGCGAGAAGGAGAAGAGGUUUACUUCACAUCCCCAGUUUCGACUAUAGAAAAUCCAAAAAUUAACUCAUGGCUGUCGAUGGUAGAGCGUGAAAUGCGCGUAACGCUAGCUUGCAGGCUAAAGGACGCUGUAUAUGACGUUAAACAAUUUAAGGACGGCAAUGUCGAUCCCCAGAAGUUUAUUGAGUGGUGCGACAAGUAUCAAGCGCAGAUCGUAGUGCUGGCGGUGCAGAUCCUGUGGUCGGAGGACGUGGAGGCGGCGCUGGCGGGCGGCGGCGGCGCGGAGCUGACGCGCGUGCUGCAGCACGUGGAGAACAUGCUCAACAUCCUCGCGGACUCCGUGCUGCAGGAGCAGCCGCCGCUGCGCCGCCGCAAGCUGGAGCACCUCAUCAACGAAUUCGUCCACAAACGUACAGUGACACGUAGGUUGAUAGCGUCGGAAGUGAACAGCCCUCGUUCCUUCGAAUGGCUUUGCGAAAUGCGCUUCUACUUCGAUCCGAGGAACAACGAUGUACUUCAACAAUUAACUAUUCACAUGGCAAAUGCCAAAUUCCUCUAUGGCUUCGAGUACUUGGGCGUACAAGACCGUCUGGUUCAAACGCCGUUGACAGACCGCUGCUACCUCACCAUGACUCAAGCCCUGGAGGCAAGGCUCGGAGGGUCACCAUUCGGUCCCGCUGGAACGGGUAAAACCGAAUCUGUGAAAGCGCUCGGCAACCAGCUCGGCCGUUUCGUCUUGGUGUUUAACUGCGACGAAACCUUUGACUUCCAGGCCAUGGGAAGAAUCUUCGUGGGUCUUUGUCAGGUUGGUGCCUGGGGUUGUUUCGACGAGUUCAAUCGUCUCGAAGAAAGAAUGCUUUCAGCUGUUUCGCAACAAGUGCAAACAAUUCAAGAAGCUCUCAAGAGUCACCAAGAAGGGGAUAAUACAGCUAAAUCUAUAACAGUGGAAUUAGUAGGCAAGCAAGUGCGUGUUAGUCAAGACAUGGCCAUAUUCAUUACAAUGAACCCUGGCUACGCGGGUCGCUCCAACCUGCCUGAUAACCUCAAGAAGUUGUUCCGCAGUCUGGCCAUGACCACUCCAGACAGACAGUUGAUCGCCGAGGUCAUGUUAUUCAGUCAAGGGUUCAGGACUGCGGAGAAAUUAGCUUGCAAGAUUGUACCUUUCUUCAAGCUCUGCGAUGAACAGCUCUCUAAUCAGUCUCACUAUGAUUUUGGUCUGCGUGCUCUGAAGUCGGUACUAGUAUCUGCUGGUAAUGUCAAGCGUGACCGCAUCCAAAAGAUAAAGGAAAAUCUAAUCGAGCGUGGUACAGAAGUUCCGGACGAGGCGUCAAUAGCGGAGUCUCUCCCAGAACAAGACAUUCUGAUUCAAUCUGUCUGUGAGACCAUGGUGCCUAAACUUGUGGCGGAAGAUAUUCCAUUGCUAUUCUCGUUGUUAAACGAUGUCUUCCCCAAUGUUGGCUACACCAGAGCUGAAAUGACUGGUCUUAAGAAUGAAAUUCGAGCAGUUUGUGCAGAAGAAUUUUUGGUUUGUGGCGAAGGAGACGAACACGGCAAUACAUGGAUGGAAAAGUACAGCACGUGGAUCGACAAGGUUCUUCAACUGUACCAAAUUUGCAAGUUAAAUCAUGGUCUGAUGAUGGUCGGACCUUCAGGAAGUGGUAAAUCUACGGCAUGGCGUGUUCUGCUCAAAGCUUUAGAACGGUUUGAAGGAGUAGAAGGUGUUGCCCAUGUGAUCGAUCCUAAAGCAAUGUCGAAGGAAACUUUGUAUGGUGUGCUCGACCCUAACACGCGUGAAUGGACCGACGGAUUGUUUACUCAUAUUCUUCGGAAAAUAAUCGACAACGUCCGCGGCGAGAUCAACAAGCGCCAGUGGAUCAUAUUCGACGGCGACGUGGACCCCGAGUGGGUGGAGAACCUCAACUCCGUGCUGGACGACAACAAGCUGCUGACGCUGCCCAACGGCGAGCGCCUGUCGCUGCCGCCCAACGUGCGCGUCAUGUUCGAGGUACAAGACCUGAAAUACGCGACCCUCGCAACGGUAUCUCGUUGCGGGAUGGUGUGGUUCUCGCAGGACGUACUCUCAACGGAAAUGAUCUUCGAAAAUUACUUACUCAGAUUAAGAAAUAUACCUUUAGAGGAUGGUGAAGAGGAUUCCUUCAGUAUCGUGAUGGCUGCACCGACCGCCGGUGGCGACCAGAACGCUACCGAGAAUAUUUUAUCGCCUGCUCUUCAAACUCAACGUGAUGUAGCGGCCAUCUUGCAACCUUUGUUCUACGGAGACGGCUUAGUAGUGAAGUGCUUGGAGCGCGCCGUUUCACUCGAUCACAUCAUGGACUUCACUCGUCACCGCGCUCUGUCCUCUCUGCACUCAAUGUUGAACCGUGGCGUUAGGAACAUACUCGCGUACAAUCGUCAACACCCCGACUUCCCUAUUACCAACGAGCAACUAGAAGCUUACGUGCCCAAAUGGCUCGUAUACUCGUUGUUAUGGUCAUUCGCCGGAGACGCUAAACUUAAGGACCGAAAUGAGUUGGGCGACUUCAUAAGAUCGGCCAGCACGAUGCAACUACCCAAUUGUGGAGCGAAUCAGCACAUAAUCGAUUUCGAGGUGUCGAUAACGGGCGAGUGGGUGCCGUGGUCGGCCAAGGUGCCGCAGAUCGAGGUGGAGACGCACAAGGUGGCGGCGCCCGACGUGGUGGUGCCCACGCUGGACACCGUGCGCCACGAGGCGCUGCUCUACACCUGGCUGGCGGAGCACAAGCCGCUGGUACUGUGUGGUCCCCCCGGUUCCGGUAAGACGAUGACGCUCUUCUCUGCGCUUCGAGCGCUACCGGACAUGGAAGUGGUCGGUCUCAACUUCUCGUCGGCGACUACUCCAGAACUACUUCUGAAGACAUUCGACCACUACUGCGAAUACCGCAAGACACCUAAUGGCGUCGUUCUAGCUCCUGUGCAGCUCGGCAAAUGGCUCGUCCUGUUCUGUGACGAAAUUAAUUUACCUGAUAUGGACCAAUAUGGAACACAACGUGUUAUUUCAUUUUUGAGACAACUUCUCGAGCAUAAAGGAUUCUACAGGGCAAGUGACCACUCGUGGGUGCACCUGGAGCGCAUCCAGUUCGUGGGCGCCUGCAACCCGCCCACGGACCCGGGCCGCAAGCCGCUGUCGCACCGCCUGCUGCGCCACGUGCCCGUCAUCUACGUCGACUACCCGGGCGAGACCUCGCUGGAGCAGAUCUACGGCACGUUUACGCGCGCCAUGCUGCGUAUGCAGCCAGCACUGCGCGGCUACGCGGAACCGCUGACGCAGGCCAUGGUGCGCCUGUACCUCGCCUCGCAGGAGCGCUUCACGCAGGACAUGCAGCCGCACUACGUGUACUCGCCGCGCGAGAUGACGCGCUGGGUGCGCGGCAUCUGCGAGGCCAUCAGACCUUUAGAUAACCUAACCGUGGAAGGAUUAGUGCGCUUGUGGGCUCACGAAGCAUUACGUCUCUUCCAAGACCGUCUAGUAGAAGACAGUGAACGACAAUGGACUGAAGAGAACAUUGAUAACUUUGCAAUGAGGUUUUUCCCAGGCAUCAACAAGGAACAAGCUUUGGCUCGUCCUAUUCUAUACAGUAACUGGCUCAGCAAAGACUACGUGCCGGUCCAACGAGAUCAGCUACGCGAAUACGUCAAGGCUAGAUUGAAGGUGUUCUACGAGGAAGAAUUAGACGUGCCGCUGGUGUUAUUCGACGAGGUGCUAGAGCACGUUCUGCGCAUCGACCGAAUAUUCCGCCAGCCUCAGGGUCACCUGCUGCUCAUCGGAGUGUCGGGCGCCGGCAAGACCACGCUCAGCCGGUUCGUCGCUUGGAUGAACGGCCUCAGCAUCUUCCAAAUCAAGGUCCACAACAAAUACACUGGUGCCGAUUUCGAUGAGGAUCUACGUUCCGUCCUACGUCGUGCGGGCUGCCGUGAUGAGAAAGUGGCCUUUAUCUUGGACGAGUCUAACGUACUCGACAGUGGGUUCCUGGAGAGAAUGAACACGCUUCUAGCUAAUGGAGAGGUGCCUGGGUUGUUCGAAGGCGACGAAUUUGCAGCACUCAUGACACAGUGUAAGGAGGGAGCUCAAAGGGAAGGAUUAAUGCUGGAUUCUAACGAUGAAUUAUACAAAUGGUUUACUGGUCAAGUGAUGAGGAAUUUACACGUAGUGUUCACGAUGAACCCGUCAUCGGAAGGUCUGAAGGAUCGCGCUGCAACCUCACCGGCGCUCUUCAACCGUUGCGUGCUCAACUGGUUCGGAGACUGGAGCGACGGAGCGCUCUUCCAAGUGGGCAAGGAGUUCACGACGCGCAUGGACCUGGACUGGGCGGAGUACGAGCCGCCCGAGCCGUUCCCGCGCGCGUGCGGCGAGCUGGGCGCGCGGCCGUCGCACCGCGCCGCCGUGGUCAACGCCUGCGUGUACGUGCACCAGACGCUGCACCGCGCCAACGCGCGCCUGGCCAAGCGCGCCAACCGCACCAUGGCCAUCACGCCCAGACACUAUCUGGACUUUAUCCAACAAAUGGUGAAACUAUACGCGGAGAAACGCGCCGACCUCGAGGAGCAGCAGCUUCACUUGAACGUUGGUCUUGGAAAGAUCGCUGAGACAGUGGAGCAAGUUGAGGAAAUGCAGAAGAGUCUUGCAGUGAAGUCACAGGAGCUACAAGCUAAGAAUGAGGCUGCAAACGCAAAACUCCGGCAAAUGGUCAAAGACCAGCAAGAAGCUGAAAAGAAGAAAGUCGAAAGUCAAGAGAUUCAGGUCGCUCUAGAAAAACAGACGAAGGAAAUUGAAGCUAAACGAAAAGAUGUAAUGGCGGACUUGGCACAAGUCGAACCGGCUGUUAUCGAGGCGCAAAACGCCGUGAAGUCCAUAAAGAAGCAGCACCUGGUGGAGGUGCGCUCGAUGGGCAACCCGCCCGCCAUCGUCAAGGUGGCGCUCGAGUCCAUCUGCCUGCUGCUGGGCGAGAACGCCACCGACUGGAAGGCCAUCCGCGCCGUCAUCAUGCGCGAGAACUUCAUCAACAGCAUCGUCUCCAACUUCUCCACCGAGGACAUCACUGACGAUGUACGGGAAAAAAUGAAGACACGUUAUCUUAGUAACCCUGAUUACAACUUUGAGAAAGUAAACAGAGCCAGUAUGGCCUGCGGUCCUAUGGUAAAAUGGGCUAUAGCUCAGAUUGAAUACGCCGAUAUGUUAAAACGUGUGGAGCCAUUACGUAAUGAACUGAAGGCUCUCGAAGACCAAGCGCAGUAUAAUGUUAAGGCAGGAAACGAAGUGCGUGAUCUUAUAGCACAGCUAGAGAAAUCCAUCGCUUCCUACAAGGAGGAAUACGCACAACUCAUCAGUCAAGCCCAGGCCAUUAAGACUGACCUCGAAAACGUUCAAGCCAAGGUCGAUCGUUCGAUAGCACUGUUGAAAAGCUUGGUGAUCGAACGCGAGCGAUGGGAGGCCAGUUCAGAGACGUUCCGCUCACAAAUGAGCACCAUUAUCGGAGACGUCUUAUUGUCCGCUGCUUUCAUAGCUUAUGGCGGAUACUUCGACCAGCAUUACCGCCAGAACCUGUUCUCGACGUGGAGCAGCCACCUGGCGGCCGCGCACAUCAAGUUCCGCGCCGACAUCGCGCGCACGGAGUACCUCAGCAACCCCGACGAGCGCCUGCGCUGGCAGGCCAACGCGCUGCCCAGCGACGAGCUCUGCGUCGAGAACGCCAUCAUGCUCAGGCGAUUCAACCGUUACCCCCUGAUCAUCGAUCCAUCGGGUCAAGCGACGGAGUUCAUAAUGCGCGAAUUCAAGGAACGCAAGAUAACGAAGACUUCGUUCCUCGACGAUUCGUUCAGGAAGAACUUGGAAUCGGCUUUGCGUUUCGGUAACCCAUUGCUCGUGCAGGAUGUCGAAAAUUACGACCCAAUCUUAAACCCUGUUUUGAACCGGGAGCUGCGUCGAACAGGCGGUCGUGUGCUCAUUACACUCGGAGACCAGGACAUUGAUCUUAGUCCUUCAUUCGUUAUCUUCUUGAGUACCAGGGACCCGACGGUGGAGUUCCCUCCGGAUAUGUGUUCCCGAGUGACUUUCGUUAACUUCACGGUGACGCGCUCAUCGCUACAGUCGCAGUGCCUGCAUCGCGUACUUAAGGCGGAGCGACCGGAUAUUGAUACUAAGCGAUCAGAUCUUCUUAAAUUACAAGGUGAAUUCCAUCUACGUCUCCGUCAGUUGGAGAAAUCUCUACUUCAAGCUCUUAACGACGCGAAGGGCAAAAUUCUCGACGAUGACUCUGUUAUCGCGACGCUCGAAACUCUUAAGAAAGAGGCGGACGAUAUAGGACAAAAGGUCGAAGAAACAGAUAAAGUUAUUGCGGAAAUAGAAACAGUCAGCCAACAAUAUUUGCCAUUGUCUCAAGCUUGCAGCAGCAUCUAUUUUACGAUGGAGUCACUGCACCAGGUCCACUUCUUGUACCAGUACUCUCUCAAGAUGUUCCUCGAUAUCUUCAGCACCGUACUCGUGUGCCCCGGCCUCAACGGCGUCUCGGACUACACUGCAAGAUUGAAGACCAUCACAGAGGAACUUUUCACGGCGGUGUACGAGCGCGUGGCGCGCGGCAUGCUGCACACGGACCGCCUGACGUUCGCGCUGCUGCUGUGCCGCAUCCAGCUGAAGGGCACGGGCGCCGAGGACACGCUGGAGCAGCAGUUCGGCGUGUUCCUGCGCGGCCGCGAGGGCUUCGUGGCCGACUCGGCGCCGCUCGACGCGCUCUCGCCGCAGCAGCACGACGCCGCCGCGCGCCUCGGCUCCAGGCUGGUCGCGUUCCGACGGUUGCUGGACAAGGCUCGCGAGCUGCCGGAGCUAUCGGCGUGGCUGGCGCAGGCCGCGCCCGAGCAGUGCGUGCCCACGCUGUGGGACUGCGAGCCCGCCGCGCCGCCGCCGCCGCACGCGCUCGCCAUGUACCGCCUGCUGCUCAUACAGGCAUUCAGACCGGACCGCGUGAUCGCUGCUGCUACUCAGUUAGUCGCUUCAGUGCUAGGACCUACAUUUAUGGCUAAGGCAGAAACUGAACUGGAUCUCUGUAGUAUUACUGAACACCAACUUAACGCUACUACUCCAGCCUUACUCUGCUCCGUACCAGGAUAUGAUGCUAGCGGUCGGGUGGAUGACAUGGCUACUGAAUUAAAUAAACCGUUAUCAAGUAUCGCUAUUGGUUCAGCGGAAGGUUUUAAUCAAGCUGAACGUGCAAUAAACACCGCAUGCAAGACUGGAAGGUGGGUGAUGCUGAAGAACGUGCACCUGGCGCCGGUGUGGCUGGUGCAGCUGGAGAAGAAGCUGCACUCGCUGCAGCCGCACCCCAGCUUCCGCCUGUUCCUCACGACGGAGAUCAGCCCCAAGCUGCCCGUCAACCUGCUGCGCGCCGGCCGCGUGCUGGUGUUCGAGCCGCCGCCCGGCAUCCGCGCCAACCUGCUGCGCACCUUCGCCACCGUACCUGCAUCCCGCAUGAUGAAACAGCCCUCAGAGCGGGCAAGACUAUACUUCUUGUUGGCGUGGUUCCAUGGUAUCGUUCAAGAACGUCUGCGUUACGUGCCGCUGGGUUGGGCUAAGUAUUACGAGUUCAACGAGUCCGACCUGCGUGUAGCGUGCGAUACUCUCGAUACAUGGAUUGAUGCCACAGCUAUGGGUCGUACCAACCUCCCACCAGAAAAGGUUCCAUGGGAAGCCCUCGUGACUCUACUGUCACAGUGCAUAUAUGGAGGAAAGAUUGAUAACUUAUUCGAUCAACGCUUACUGCACUCCUUCCUUUGCAAGCUCUUCACACCGAGAUCAUUUGAAGCCGACUUCGCUCUUGUGGCUAACGUCGAUGGUGCAUCCGGCAACCAGCGCCACAUUACUAUGCCAGAUGGAAACAGGCGCGACCACUUCCUCAAGUGGAUCGAAGAACUUUCGGACAGACAGACGCCAUCUUGGUUAGGACUUCCCAAUAAUGCUGAGAAGGUUCUUCUAACUACUCAAGGAAGCGACCUGGUUUCUAAGCUGCUUAAGAUGCAGCAACUUGAGGACGAAGAAGAACUGGCGUAUAAUGCGGCGACACAAGACCACGAUCCUCAUGCAAUAGUCGUGGAAGGCGAUGGGCGUCCUGCAUGGAUGAAAACAUUGCACCAAACUGCGACUAGCUGGUUGAAACUUCUGCCACAAGAGUUACCAACGCUGCGUCGUACAGUGGAAAACAUUAAGGACCCCCUGUACCGCUUCUUCGAACGCGAAGUGGCGGCCGGAGCCUCGCUGCUGCAACAAGUUUUGCACGAUUUGCACAACGUCACCGCUAUUUGCCAGGGCGAGAUGAAGCAGACGAACGAGACGCGCGCCAUGGUGGGGUCGCUGGUGCGCGGCAUGCUGCCGGGCGGCUGGCGGCGCUACGCCGUGGCGCGCGGCUGCACGGUGCAGCAGUGGGUGGACGACUUCGCGCGCCGCGUGGCGCAGCUGGCGCACGUCAGCCGCGCCGUGGCCGACCAGGGCGCCAAGCGCCUGCAGAGCAUCCCAGUUUGGCUCGGAGGUCUACUGAAUCCAGAGGCCUACAUUACGGCUACUCGUCAAUGUGUCGCACAAGCCAACUCCUGGUCUCUCGAGGAACUUAACUUACAAGUAACGAUCCCCGAUCCGGGUACUCCCACUGAAAAUGCUCAAACGGAGUGGUCUUUCUCAGUCACCGGUUUGAAACUCCAGGGAGCAACGGUGAAAGGCAAUCGUUUGUUGCUCACAAACACUAUCAUGGUCGACCUUCCGCUUACUGUGCUCACGUGGAUACGCGGCGCCGAGCCGGCCGGCGCGGGCACGGCGCUGACGCUGCCCGUGUACCUGAACAGCGCGCGCUCGGAGCUGCUGUUCACCGUGCGCCUGCCCGUGGCCGCGGGCCAGGAGCCGCACGCCUUCUACGAGCGCGGCGUGGCGCUGCUCACCUCCACCGCGCUCAACUAGAGCGACACUCCGCUGGCGUUCAACUGGCGGCACCUAUGGCACUGAUCUAACUAGCUUCUUCUUAUUGCACGAUGAUUGUGGUAUUUCAUUUAAUUUAAUCAUAUUUAUUGGCUAAAUAAAACAUCAUCAUAUUAA